CCUAACUUUACUUUGACGGUCCAAACUCCGCAAAAAACUCAAACUUUGGCUUUGAUAUUAAUUUCUUUUCCUAAUAAAAAAAUAUUAAAAAAAAAUAUUAGAGACAAAACUUAGAACCAUUUGAAAAGCAUAACCAAUUAAACCAUUGCUUCUCUGCUUAAAUAUUUAAAGCUCCAUUUGCCACCUGUGGUUCUCUGUCUCUUUUUUAUCUCUGUCCUCUCUCUCUCUCUCUCUCUCUCUCACAUUACUAUUUUCGUUGUCCAAAACGCGCAGAGAAUGAAGGGCCGGAGCUCCGGCAAAGUCUCUGCGAAAUGGAUUCCCAUUUUUUGCGUCUUUUCAUUCUUCAUUGGUGUGCUUCUCACCGGCAGAAUGUCGACACCUUCUGAAUCUAAUGGUCAGCUCAUCUCGAGUCGUAGACAUGAACAAGAGCUUCAAAUAGUUUCUGAGGAUUGCGCAACUAAAAAGAAACCUUCACAAGAAAAGGAUGUGAUGAACGAAAUUUAUAGAACCCAUGAAUCAAUUCAGCAUGGCAGAUCUCUAGACAAGCAAAUGGCAAUGAUUCAAAUGGAAUUGGCAGCAGCUCGGAGUUCUCGUGAGAUGGGCUCUUCUGCAGAUGGCUCGGAUUCGAAGUCGGUGACUAAUGAAGGAGGUUCUGUGAGGAAGAAAGCAUUCAUAGUUAUUGGAAUUAAUACUGCUUUUAGCAGUAGGAAGCGGCGUGAUUCGGUUAGAGAGACUUGGAUGCCGCAAGGGGAAAAGCUUAUUCAAUUAGAGCGCGAGAAAGGGAUUGUCAUUCGCUUCAUGAUUGGCCACAGUGCAACAUCCAACAGUAUUUUGGAUAGAGCCAUCGAUUCAGAAGAUGCUCAACAUAAAGAUUUCCUUAGACUGGAGCAUGUUGAAGGAUAUCACGAGUUGUCUGCAAAAACAAAAAUUUUCUUUUCAACGGCAGUAGCACAAUGGGAUGCUGAUUUCUAUGUCAAGGUUGAUGAUGAUGUUCAUGUCAACUUAGGUAUGCUUGCAUCAACUCUUGCCCGUCACAGAUCAAAGCCCAGAGUCUACAUUGGUUGUAUGAAAUCUGGACCUGUUCUUUCCCAAAAGAACGUCAAGUAUCAUGAACCAGAAUACUGGAAAUUUGGAGAGGAUGGGAACAAAUACUUUAGACAUGCAACUGGGCAAAUUUAUGCAAUCUCGAAGGAUCUCGCAACAUAUAUCUCCAUCAACCAGCCUAUAUUGCACAAGUACGCUAAUGAAGAUGUGUCGCUUGGUUCUUGGUUUAUUGGCCUUGAAGUCGAGCACAUUGAUGAUCGCAAUAUGUGCUGUGGUACUCCACCAGAUUGUGAGUGGAAAGCACAAGCAGGUAAUGUGUGCAUUGCAUCGUUUGAUUGGACCUGUAGUGGAAUCUGCAAGUCGGUAGAGAAGAUCAAAUUUGUUCAUGAAAAGUGCGGAGAGGGGGAUGGAGCUGUUUGGAGUUCGCUAUUUUAAAUUAGUGCUGCAUGUUACUUGGCCAAACAAGUGUGUGAAAAAUGUUUCAGCAGUCACAACUAUGCAGGAGACAGCUUAAUAGCUCACAUGGAGAAAAACAUCGUAUACAAUUGUGAUAUACAUGUCCUUCACGUUGCUCCUAAUUUUUGGGAAAGACUUGUAGGAGCUGGUGAACAUAACCAACCUGGUGCAAAGCUGUAUUGUAUCUGUUUCAUUCAAGAUGGUUAGCAAUUUGAUAGAUGAGAAUUUUAGAGAAACUGAUUGUAAAUGUUCCUUCCACUUGUACUUUUAGGUGUGAGAGGUGAUGACGGUAUUUAUUCACAAUAUUGUCUUUUCAUUUUGUUUUAGCUUUAAUAUAAUUUUUUUUAUAUUAGGGUUUGAAUGUAAGUUUCUAAUGCCCCCUUGAAGGGUGUCGGUUAUGUUAUAUUCUUUAAAUUUCUUGUCACUUUGUUUAAUGAAAGACCAACAAAAGGAGGGCAUUGCUUUAAUGCAUUUCUAUUUUA